AGAGGAAAACCAACAAGUCGCCAACAGGUUUAGCAACUGCAAGAGUUUCCCUUUGGGUGCCUGUGGAUGCCAACAGUCUGCAGUGACGCAGAAGCAGCUUCUUCAAAACAAGGUAGGUGUGGUGCCCCACCAAGGCUAAGCUUUGCUGAGCUGCAGGAUGAGUUUAAGACCCAGAUGUACUUAUCUGGGACCACCGUGAGCUAUAACUGCCUCCCAGGUUACCGAAGAGUCCCUGAAGAGUUGCCCACUCUUCUUUGCAAAAGAGAAUCAGUGUGGUCAGAACCCAAAGAGUUUUGUCAAAGGAAAUCAUGUGGACAUCCAGGAGACCUAGUUAAUGGCAAGAUUCAUAUCACAGAUCUCCUGUUUGGUUCGGACAUUACAUUUUCUUGUGACAAAGGGUUCAGAUUAGUUGGACAUGAUACUAGUCGGUGUGUGACGGAGGGAGCAAGGGUCACAUGGAAUCAUGAAAUUCCAUUUUGUGAAGUUGGGUGUCAGAAGCCAGAGGUGCAAAAUGGAAGCAUGGUCAAUGCACUGGAUGAAAAAAUGUGGUACCGUGUGAAUGAAACCCUUCCUUUCAAAUGUUCUCCUGGGUACCAAUUUUCAAGCCAUUCCCAGCUGCCUGCAACAGACAGAUUUAGUAUUACUUGUUUAGCAGACGGCAGUUGGACAGCAUUACCGAAGUGUAAAAAGCAAAGCACUUCUGAUGUGUGUGAGACAGUUUCUGAGAAAGAGCUCAAAGAGUGUGGGGUGCCUCUGGAGAUGCUGAGAAAUCUGCUGGAAGUGCAGAAACUCUAUCUGGAGAUUGAGAAACUGAAGAAGGAGCUUAAGUAGUAUGAAUAGCUGAGACCUGUGAUCCAUACUGUGAUAAAUUGUCUCCCCUUUGGAUGCAGUUUAUAUAAUUACACUACAUACAGGAUGACUUUCUAAAUUCAUAGAACUUGCUAAUAUAGCUAAUAACUCAGAAUAGGCAGUAAAUAGGGAUCAGAUUUCCUUCCUGGGUGCAGCUUUUUAGGGUUUUUUGUUUUCCCCUUUAAUUUCACAGAUUUGAGUUUCCACUUGAUAAGGGAUUUCAGGUUCUCAUAUAGGCUUUAAGGGUUAUAGUGAAGGAUAGAGUUGAGAUUUGGCUUUCCUUAGGUAAAUUGACCAAGUAGCAUGGAAGCAAAUUAUCAGUUGAUGCAAGCUUUACAUAAUAUGCAAAAGGAAACUCGAGUCUAACGUCAGCUUUGUAGACAUCCCGUAAUUGCUGCUUACAUUUAACUUUAAUGCACCAAAACACACAUUCAAAGUGUUGAAUGGGUAUGUAACUGCCCGAUUUUUCCCCACACAUUAAGAGCGGAGGUGACAAUAAAUUCCUGUACCACUCUAAAAAUGUGUAGUGGCUGAAAAAAGCCUCUAUGCUGCCUUGUCUCCUCAAUUACAAAUGCAGCAGGAUGCUUCCUUUUAGGGACACUCAGCCUUGUCAAACUGAACAAAGCCGUUUUUGAAAUCUCUUAUCCCCCAAGGCACUUGUAUAGCUGUACUCGGCCACACACACACAGGAGUAGAUGGCAAUCUAAAUUGUAGAGAAGCAACCAUCUGAGUCAAUUCCCCAGUGAAUGAUAGGGGUGUUCUCUAACCUAUGCCUUUGUGAUCAAGUAAUAAUUCCUGACCUGCAGGGCUAUAAUAAAAUGCAAUUGUAACAAC